CCUGAAGAGGCUACACCCGGGUGGAGUCUUAGAUCACAAGAGCCUUCUGAAAUGAGGAGCCAAGACGACUUGGCGACAGUUUCCUCUUAAGUUUCCUGGAGAGAGACUCAGGUACAGAAAUAUCCUUACCGCUACCUGACCUGAGGCAGGAGAAACCGCUGACAGCUUGGAGACCAGCCCCGCCAUGUGCACCACCAGCGCCUGUGACCUGGAGGAGAUCCCUCUGGAUGAUAAUGACCCAGACAGCAUGGAGUUCAAAAUCUUGGAGUUCUACGUCAGACACCACGUCCUCAAGAACACCUCUGAUGUCCUCUCACCAAAGCUCCUGAGAACAAGAAGUUUGUCCCAGAAAGGGCCAGAGAGUUGGCUGGCAAAUGAAACAUGGAUACAGCGGCCACAGCCUUGCAGAAAUUCCCAAUCAAACGAGAAGACCAUAAAAUUUGUCAAGAAAAAGCCAUCUUGGAGAACACUCUUCGGAGUAGCAGAGAAGGAGGAGGACUCACAGAGCUCACCUCCGGAAUUCCGUCUCGAGGGGAAAAGGAGGAAGGGACCUCAGAGUGGUCCUCACAGUCCACAGUGGCCGAGGUCCCUCUCCAAUGUGGAACAGCGCUUAGAGCGUGAAGCCGUGGACCCCAACGUUGUUUCUAUUGCCAACCGAGUUGCUGAAAUCGUUUAUUCCUGGCCGCCACCAGAAGAGCUCCACAGCCUGGGAGGAAGCUUCAGGUCCAAAGGGAUUUGGGUAUGCCAGGGUCUCCAGCUUCAGGGCGCCCAGACUAGAGCUGCAAGUGCAAAGAAAGUGGAUGAUGAGGGGCCGAGCUGGCUCCUGAGUUUGCAGCAUGCUAAAUUAGAAGGCAAAAGAUUUUUCUUCAAACGUGGUGGUGGCUCCCAACCCCAGAAGCAAAGUGAUGGAGAAGACCAAAUAAUUGCCAGAAUCGUGGAGCUGCUGAAAUAUUCGGGGGAUCAGUUGGAAAGAGAGUUGAAGAGAGACAAGACUUUGAUGAACAUCUUCCAGGACGGGCUGUCCUACCCUGUUUUCAAGACCAUCACAGACCAGUUCCUAAGGGGUGUGGACACCAGGGGAGAAUCAGAGGUCAACGCUCAGGGCUUUAAGGCUGCUCUUGCAAUAGACGCCAUGGCCAAGCUCACAGCCAUCGACAACCACCCCAUGAACAGGAUGCUGGGCUUUGGGACCAAAUACCUGAAGGAGAACUUCUCGCCCUGGGUCCAGCAGCAUGGUGGAUGGGAAAAAGUACUUGGGAUACCACAUGAAGAAACAGACUGAAACACCAGAGGAUUUGUAAUCUAGAAUACCCAUGGUCCAACUCUGGUCUUGUGUACAUCAGUCUCAGCACAGACUACGGGAGAAAACAAAAAUGGACAAGGCAGAAGGAGGAGCAAAGGCUGCAAAACCACUACCUCCUGCAAAUCAAGAGGCAUCAGGAAAGGCCUUGACCGUCUCCAGCUCAUGGAAUGUGGUAGCACGGCCCUUGCCAUCCGUGUUUGCAGGUCUUCCACUGAGCGUGUAAGGAAGCCUAGAAAGACAAGUGCUAAUGUUCCCUUCAAAUGCUCAGAACAGAAACCAUCACCCUGCCUCUGCUGGGCACUUUAGGGAAAGUGCGUGACAGAUGCUUGUUGACCUCAUGAGGGUGAAAUGAUAAAUGGUACGUGUGC